AGAAGCUGGCUGCGUGAGCGUGACAGGUCCAUACGAGGUUCCUGAAGGUUUGAACAGGCAGUGAGUGUUGGGUGUACAAUAAGGAAAGCGGAGACACGAUUAAAAUGAAUCUGUAAAUAAAGUCAAGCUCAAUUUCUGGAGACAUGAGACUCGUUGUAUACGCGUUUUUUGCCUUCGCUCUUGGGCUUCUGCUCGUGGGUUUGCGAGAAUUAUUAUUUGGUUUUGAGGAGAACCGAUGCAGCAUGACAUACAUGUUCGAGUACCCAGAAUAUCGACGCGUGCAGCUCCCGAGGCGCGUUGCCCGCCAGUACCCAUCAUACGGCCUGUAUCUGUAUGGAGAGGGUGCUUAUGCUCAGGAGACCAGAGGACUCAAGCUUACCGGAGCGCCUGUGCUCUUCUUGCCCGGGAAUGCAGGCAGCUACAAGCAAGCUCGUUCACUGGGUUCAGUGGCGUUGCGGAAGGCUGAGAACCUUGAGAGACAGAUUCAUUUGAACGUCUUCACUAUUGACUUCAAUGAGGAGCUGGUGGCCCUGUACGGGGGCAGUUUGCGUAGACAGACUCAAUUUCUGCAUGAAAGCAUUAAAGCCAUCCUGCGCCUUUACAAGGACCGUCCAGACCCCCCCACAAGUGUAGUUCUGGUGGGUCAUUCCAUGGGUGGAGUGGUGGCAAGAGCUUUGUUCACACUGGCACGCUUUCACCCACGCCUGGUCAGCCUCAUCAUCACCCAGGCCUCGCCCCAUCAGGCACCUGUCCUGUCUCUGGACCCCUACAUUCUGGAGUUUUACUCCACCGUCAGGCAGGGCUGGAACAAAAGAGCCGAGGACCUCCGUAAUGUAACCGUUCUCUCAGUUGGUGGAGGUAACCUGGACUUUCAGGUGCUUUCUGGCUUGACAGCACUAUCCUGCCCCAUUGAUGAUCUCAACAAGAUUUCAGUUGUGGCGACUGCAGUUCCCCGAACCUGGCUUUCCACAGAUCACAUUUCCAUUGUUUGGUGCAAGGAGCUGGUUCUGGCCACAGUUCGAGCAUUCUUUGACCUCAUAGAACCAGAAACUGGGCAGUUCACAGAAAGUCCAGAGGAGCGACUGUCAGUGCUGAACUAUCACUUCUUCAGACACCCUGUGCUGCCACCUGGAGAAGUGCAGGGUGCUUCUGUGACAUUCUCAGCUCCUCCUGAGGCAUGGAAGGAGGUCAAUACACUGCGUCUGUUCUACAGUGCCCCUAAGGAAGCUCAAGUUAAGUACUUUCUGUUUGGUCUCUCCAGUCGAAGGAAGGCCUACAGUCAUUUCUACUGCCGCAGUAAUAAUAUGGAAAUGACCAGCUGGCUGUAUGGCUGUACACAGAUGAGUGGCUCCAUGUGUGUUCAAGCAGUAGAUCUGUCAUCUGACACAGAGCUUCUUCCAGCCUACAAAACUGUGGCCGUGAAAAUCAGCAAACUCAUGUCUGUCUCUCAUCUCAUCAUUGAUGCCUCUAACCCAAGCGGAGCACAGUUUGUCGUGGAGUGUGAGCUGCAGAGAGAGGAGAGCUUGACUGUGUCAGUGCAGGUGCCUCAUCUACUGUCUUUUGGUCUGACCGUCACUGAUGUCAGCAUUAACUCAUCUGGGCUGCUUCAUACAUUACAGCUGCAAGACUUUCAUCAGGUUUAUCAGGCGUUCAGAAUAACAAUCAUGAGUCACUGCAAAACCAAUAAAGACAGACUGCCCAGCGUCUACAGAGUGAGCGUACCUUGGUUUCGUGAAGACUCCUUUGCAAUGUCAAGUACUCCUUCGGUCUCUGAGAUCUUCAGCAUGCUUCACAGCAGCCGACCAGACAACACAUCCAGUGCCAUGCUGCAGCUCCACACUGCCCCCAACUGCCAGUACAAGGUGUCGAUACGGACAUCAUUUCCUAAAGUGCUUGGGCAGAUUCUGCGUUUCUGUGGUCCGCUUCUGCCCGUCUACUGUGCUUUAGCACUUCUCCUGAUGAUCAGAGUCCAGCUGAGCUCUGUCAGAAGAUCAGGACGUCCUGUCGAAUUGCAAGAGGCCAUGAGUAAAUCCUUAGAGAUCCACAAACUGGAGCUGCCGGUCCUCUUGCUGAUGCUGCUGCUCCGGCAAAGCUGGUUUCAGGAUGUCUGGACAUCUUUGGGCCUCCCUGGGGUGGAUGCACUUCCUCUAAACACGGUGGAGGACCUGUCCCAUGAAAAAGCUUCUGUGCAGGAAUGGCCUCGUCUCGUGUCUCCACUGCUGUGUGUGUUCGGUGCAGCCAUUGCAUUCUGGGGCAGCACAGUCCUCCGAAUGUCUGUCUGCUUCCUGUCCUUUAUUGUUGCUCCACUACACAGACCUUCAGUGUCACGGGACUGUGGUACAUUUGGUCUCCACACUCAGAUUGUCCUGAUGGUGUCUCUGGGAGUGCUGGGCAGCUUGACAUGUGGAUCUCUGGCAUUGAUGCUCUGUUGUCUCCUCCAUCUCUACAGGGUGCUGAGAUUACAGAUGACAGAGAGAUCACUGAGCCACAUGUUGAACCUGGCACCUCAGAAAGCUUCACACAACACGGAGAAUGGUUUUAACGGCAAUGAUCAUCACAGUAAUGGCAAAGAGUGUAACGGCAGUGCUUUACUGUCAGAAUCAGUACUUCAAGAUGUCAGAGAUGAUCUGCAGCUCCACUUGAGUGUGUCCACAGUGCUGACUCUGACCAUGAUGCUCUGCGCCCCGUCCCUCAUCCACUGGAAGCACAAUCUCAGAUAUUGGCUUCAUUUGGAUCCGGACCCCUGCUGGCCUCACACUGUGCCCCUGCUCAUCAGCUCUGUGAUGCUCAUCAACUGUAACACAAACUCACUCCUCCGCAGUAAACUGAUGCUGAAUCUGACUCUUCGUCUGCUGCUGCUGCUGUGUGUGGGGCUGCUGGCUUUCUGUCCGCUGCACAUUUACAGAGUCACACAUUUCCUGUCUGCAGCUCUGAGCCUUCUGGUCUGUUCUUGUUACUUUUGACCUCCCAGAACACUUUAAACGUGAGUCUGCUUUGAGAUUAGAGCAAGACUCAGGGCUGAGUAGAAAUCCAGACCAGAUUAGACCAAAACAGCCUUAAAACCCAAGUGUGUGAGUUCUGUGCGAUCCAACGGACAUCAGUGGACCAGCACAUCUGGAUCAUGUGACUUGUCGUUUGUCGUCAUUUGUAGCUUCUUGACAGGGUAUUACAUUUGCUAACAGUCAGCGUGUGUGGAUUCAUGAGCAAUACCUCUUGUUCACAUGGUUUCUUAGACACAUUUUAAGCACUAGCAUGAACCAAGUUGUGUGUGUGUGUGUGCGUGCGUGCGUGCGUGCGUGCGUUGGGCGUGUGUCUGUGUGUGUGUGUGUGUGUGUGUGUCUGUGUGUGUGUGUCUGUGUGUGUGUGUCUGGCAGGGAAAUGUAUCUGUUUGCUUUAUUAAUAUUUCCUUAAAGUCAACAUGAACUAAAACAAACACAACUAAAACGAUUGGUUUUAUAUACUUAUUGGUUUUCAUUUUUUAUGAAUCUCCCAUAUUCAGCAUUAUUGGAUAUUCAAAUGUUUUGUUUUUACAUUUAUCAUAAUUUUUCAUGCCUAAAUUCUUUUGAAGCGUUUAAAAUCGUUAUGUACUACUUUAAAAAGAUAGUUUACCCAGAAAAGAAAAUCCUGCUUCAUUUACUCACUCUCCACUUGUUACAAACCUUUUUUUUUUUUUUUUUUUUUUUUUUUUUUUGAGAGAUGUUGCAAACCAUUCGUCAGCGACGUUCAUAUAUAUAUUUUUUUCUACUAUGAAUGUCAAUGGCUUCUGGUUAUAACCACUUUCAUAUUUGACAAAAAACAAACUCAAAAGGAUUUGAGCUACUUGAAGAUGAGUACAUUUUCAUGUUUGGGUGAGCCAUCCCUUUCUUUUUUAUAUAUUUAUCAAGUAAUGUUAUAUAAAUUAAUGUAUUAUCAGGCAAACAAUUUAUUAUUAAUUUAUAUAAGAAAUUAAAAAGGUGACACAUUAACAACAAUUGAAAAAAAAGAAGAAAUCUAGAAAAAUGGAUUACUGAGAGCAUCUGCAUUGUGUCCACUCUGAAUCAUUUCAUGCAUUGAUUGAGGAUGUGCCUGAAAGAUUCAUAGUACUCUAGUGAAUGUCUUCAAAAAUCACUUCCUUUCUUCAUCUGCCUUAAUUCUCAAACACUUUUAGCUAAAAUACACAAUUAUGAAAUAAUGCUGUCAUAUAACACGUUAAUUUGUUGGAAAUCAUGCUGUUAAUUAAAGUCUCCACAUCACUGGACUAUUUUCAGCGAGUGAAUAUAAUUACAAUUUAGUUUCAUGUCAUACAUCAUUUAACCUCAAACCAGCCACAAAUUACAGACUGCAUUUUCAUGUUGACUUUAAGAUUGUGGAAGCAGUUUAUUGUAAUUUUGGCAGAUUCUCAUGUCUGUAUGCGAGCGAGAUUGAAUCUCUCGGCCUGUUUUAUCUUCAAUCUGUCAUUUCUGCCUUAAACCAUUUAGCUUUGAAUGCACAUGUAAUGCCUGUAGGUGCUGAAAUAGUUCUCUGUUAGAUCAGUUUCUACUAACACCCCUUUAGCAUGAGCUGAAGCUGUUCGGCAAGUCGCGUAACAUUCCUUCUGGUGGUGUUAUUGUGAGUUUCACGAGCUGUGAUCACAAAACGGGACCGACAAGCAAUAUGAUUUUAUAUCAGCAUCAAUGUGCACAAUUUGUGAUGUAAAAAAUGCAUCACUGUUAUAUUUGUGGUUAUAGUGCAGUCUUGAGACAAAUUGUUAGAAACACUGCCAGUCACAGUAGCCAUGAGAUUGUUGCUGUCUCUACAGCUCUUUUUUAUUUUUAUUAAUUGUAUCGUGUGAUGAUUGCUGUUGAUGGUCCAUUUCACACUGUCCAUCUGCUUCUCCUUUAUUUGAUUUGCUCAUGACGGUUGAAAGUUUGAUUCAAGAUCUCAUAGCUGAAAGUUAAUUUAUUCUGUCAUCUCUAAUCACAAAAGCGAGUGGUGCCUUUCUUGUAAUAUGCCCCUGCUUCUCUGAUACCUAUUUGCAGUUUAAAGUACUCUUAUUAUUUUUCUUUUUGAAGUACCCCUAUUAGUACCCUCAUGUUUUGGUCAGACCCAACUAUGUUGACCAGUUAAAAAAAACAAACACUUUUAUUGUCUAAUGAUAUGAAUUUAGGGCGUCACGGUGGCGCAGUGGGUAGCACGAUCACGUCACAGCAAGAAGGUCGCUGGUUCGGGCCCCGGCUGGGUCAGUUGGCGUUUCUUUGUGGAGUUUGCAUGUUCUCCCCCACAGUCCAAAGACAUGCACUAUAGGUGAAUUGAAUAAGCUAAAUUGGCCGUAGUGUAUGUGUGAAUGGCUUUUUCCCUAGUAUUGGGUUGCAGCUGGAAGGGCAUCCGCUGUGUAAAACAUAUGCUGGAUAAGUUGGCGGUUCAUUCCGCUGUGUCAAGCCCUGAUUUAUAAAAUAAUGAAAAGAAAACAAAUGAAUGUAUGUAUACAAAUUAAUUUCUAGCUUAUUUACUCAUUAACUCGCAAAUGAGCAAAACAUUUUUUCAAACCUUGUCAUUUUCUCUGAACAAGUGGCUCUUUGCGGAAAGCCCUUAUAUGGAGCUUGUUUGGAGCUUAUGCAUGUGGAUGCUACUUUAGAAAAGAGCAGUGCACUCCACAUUCACUAACUAAAGAAUGAAUGUAAGAACAAACUCAUUUGCGUACACGUUUUGUGAAUUAUCUGAAAAGAUUGUGAGAAUUUCAGAUAUAUGUAUAAAUAGGAAAAACAGAUGCAGUUAUUAGUGCAUGAGACCCAAUAACUUUUUACGUGGUGCACUUUCUGAUCGAAAACUUUCGUGACUUUACACUUCACGAAAGAUAACUUUUAAAUAUCCAUAAUAGGGGCACUUUAAAGGCUCUUUUUUUAUGUUCUCCUAUAGGUUUACUCUUGUCAAACAUCAGACUACACUUUAAUUUUCUCAUAACAUGCAUAGCAACAUUACUUCUCACAGUUUCUGAAACGGUUCAUUUAAGGAUUCACUCUUUAAACUCAUGUAUGAGAGCGUGCUCUGCUCUCGUUGGUCAGAUGGACCGGUCUGUUGUCACGUGAUUCGCCUAUCAUUUAUAUUGUGUCAGAAAACCAAACAUCCAUAGCUGUAUCUGCUGUAUUCAGCUUUGUAUUUGUAAGCACAGUGGCAUGAAGGGUAGCAAUGGCAUUGGUGAUAUGGUGUAAAUCUUUAUGGAACUGCAGGCUACAUGACGCAAAUGUGUCCACAAUGCAAGACUAAACUCUUCCAGGCUGCAGCUAACUAGCAGGUCUGAGAGUCAAAGUAGAUGUUGUUCAGUUGCCAAUAAAGACCACAGGCUGUCUUCAUGCAAAUCUGUCAUAAACCUAAAUAUGAUUGUGCAUGAAGUCAGGCUGGAGUUACUGAUGGAUCAUUAGAGGAAUCAAUUCAAAAUCAAUUCUUUAUUUUGUGAGCCAAUUAUUCCAUUUGCUAAGCACUUUGUUUACUGCAGAUGCUUUAAAUUCACUUAAAGCUGCAUUACAUAUUGCAUGACAGAUAAUAUCCGGAAAAGCAUAAUAGGGGCACUAUAACCUUCGUGUGAUUGAGGAUGAUGUUGAGGAUGUUUGUCAGUCCAUCCAAGUAAUCUGACAUUUAAAUCAGAUGUCUUUCUCUCAAAGGAGGUACUUGACCAAAAAGGAGAAAAAAACAAAACACAUAGGACACAGAAGUGUGUCUUCAUGCACUGUGAAUGUACAUGAGUGAGUGUGUAUGUAUGUGUGUGUGUGAUGCAUUUUGCAGUGAGCUUUGCUGUGAGUUGUUUUUUAAUGGUGUGUUGCAAUAUUGCUCUGCCUCAUGCUAAAAUUAAGCAGUUUUGUUUGUGCUGAAAGUCUGCCUUUUUUCUAUCCAAUAUGAUUGUGAGCGAUUGUUUUUAUUGGUGUUCACUGUGAUGUGCCACAAUAUUUUGAGGCCAGGAUCGGAUUUUAUGUCUCGAAGCUAGAACUGCUAAUUUUGGGCCAGAUCUGUCCUGGUGGUGUAAUGAGUUCAGUCAGCAUCCGCAUUGAAGCCAAACUCCACUAACGGCAACUGUUGAACUCUGCAACAAUGACAGCAAUGUUUGUAAUGAUGCUAAUGCAGCUUCUGCUGUGGGACGUUUAACAAACAACUUGCUAGUUUAAUAGAGACUGUUGUUCUAAUUGAAAAUAAAAUAGCUCCUUUGUAGCAAUUAAAUAUCCGUAAUCAAAAACCUACAGGGAUGUGGUUUGAUAAAUGCACUACCAUUCAGAAGUUUGACGUCGGUUUAAGUUUGGUUAAGAUUAAUCGGAGGAUUUCAAUUUUUUAAAAAAAUAAGCGAUGUCUUUAAAAAAAUCUUUCUGAUGCCAAGUUUUGUAUGGUAGUGUUUGACAACUAUGGAAGCUUGUUUCCAUAAAAAUAACAAUAAAUGAUACAAAAGCUGUAUUGACUCAAUUCAGACUUUCUUGACUUCUAAUUGCAACUUUGUAUUUCACAAUUUUGACUUUGGCAGUUCUUUUCUGAGAGAGUAAUAUUAUAACUGCGAAAUAUAAACUCAGAAUUGUGAGGUAAUCAGAUUUGCAAGAAGAAACACUGGAUUUGUAAGGAAUAAUAUCUGUUUUUUUAAAGAAAUCCAGAGUUUUAUCUCAGAGUUUUGACAUUUUUUCUCAGAAUUGUGAGGUAUAAACUGAGUUGUAGGAAAAAAUAUAAUGUUUUGAGAUUUUAGCUUGAACUUGUGUACAGAAAAAAGAAUGUCAAAGAGAUUUCUUUUCAUUCUGUGAUGGAAACAACCUUCCAUUCUUGACAAAUAGCAUGCUAUUUGCUAUAGGCUACAUGCAUAUGAAGUAAUUAGAUGUAUUAACCGGUUUCGAAUAUGAAGGGAUCUGGAACUGAAAACCUCAGUCGAAAUGUUUUCGACCCUUAAAAAAUACAAUGUUAGCGAGGGGAACAAAAGCCUACAAACCUGCACAUUCCUGACUCGUAUUUCUUAUGAAAGACACAAAUCUUUGCGUGUGGUUUAGCUUCAAGAUUAGCUGUGACUGUUCUGACCUUUUUUAAAUUGGUGUAUAUAUUGAAUGCAGCUCACUGCCUCAUGAACCUGAUGCUGUUGUGCUUUAAUAAUAUAGUUGCAGUGACUCGCUCAUUACAGUGACUUGUCUGUUCUUUAUGAUGGAGAGGUAUAAAUCGGUAUUGUAAGAAGUUGAUAUAUACGCGUGUCAUUUGAAAGCUCAGUAAUAGGUAUUUACAUUUUUGUAAUAUUUUAAAAGCAUUAAUUAACAGUUUUACUGUAAAUUGCUCACUAAAAAGGUAUAAUAUUAUACAAUGUUUACUAAAAGUUGUAGAAGUUGAUACAAGUGUUUGUAGUGCUGUUUUGCUUGGGUUGUGGUGCUUUUGUCAUGAACGUAUUUCACUCGUGUACAGUAAUUGUAAACUGUAAGAGUGUUAAUGAACGUUGUUAUCUUUUUUUUUAAAGAAGCGCUCUCUGUUCGUGCAUUCAGCACUUCUAUCGGCAGUCGGAUUGGUUUAUCAUGAUUGGCUUGUAUUUGUUUGGUCAAACUGCUGCGUCACUGUGAUUGGUUGUGAUCAUUGUUUUCUUCAAAUGGUGAUUUAAGAAGACCGUGCUUAGCUUUUUUUUUCUUCUUUAAUAUACAGAAUUGCUAGAAAGUGUUUAGAGAUGUUGUUCUCCUGCCUACAAGGAACUCUCUACGCUUUGUAUUUGGUGAUUUUACAAGCUGAAAAUUCUCAGGUUAAAAGAUGUGUUGUGGAGUCGGUGGCUUCUAGUGUUCGUAUAUCUUAACAUGCUAUUUUAUCAAAAAAAAAAUUAAAAAUGUGUGCAAUUUUUCAGCACUACAGUUCCAAUAAAAUUGUUUACCGAGA